UAGUGAAUUAGUACGUUCUUGGCCGGGGUCUAUACACAAUCGUCGGAACCAGCUCCGGAAUGCGUUUUGUUUUAGUGUUUACGGGGCUUUUGGCUCUUUGUAGUGCCUUAAAUUUACCAGGUGUGCCAUUGAGUUUUACGGAAGAUGAUGAAGUGCUUUCAUUGAUAUCAGAUGAAGUAGCCCACAAAUUCGCCAAAGAAUUAAAAGCUUACUUGAAAACCGGCGUCGAGUCGACCGUGCUCCAACAGAUCACCAAACAAUUGGCAGCCACACACACACAGAAGGAGAUUUUCACACGAAAUAUCGCGGACUUGCGUGCGGCCGAUCAAUUUGUCGUUUGCACGACAUGUCGCGCCACCGUCUCGGUGUUGGGCGAUAUGUUUCGUGAUCCUGAGGGCGAAUUAAGUGGGCCAACAGCCGAUCAGAUCGCCAAGAAAGUAAUGCUUGACGUGUGCAAUCGUCUGAAUUUACAAACUCGAGAAGUCUGUGCGGGUCUUUUCGACUUGAAUUGGCCCAUCUUGAAUUAUACCAUACACAAUACCGUGGCUGAUACGCGCAGUUUAUGUGGCAUCUUGCCAAUCAGCUUUUGUAAAGUGAAGCAAACGCAAUUCAAUUUCACACUGAAGAUCGAUGGAAGUGCCGCUGCUGUUGAUGGCCCUAAGAGUAAUAUACCCGCCAAGAGUGAUGCCGAUUUGAAAAUAGUGCAGUUGACCGAUAUACAUUAUGAUCCUGAAUAUGAACCUGGUUCAUUAGCUGUUUGCCCAGAGCCGAUGUGCUGUCAACUUAGUUCAGCAUCUGGUGUUAUUGAAGCCAGUAAACAGGCUGGUUACUGGGGUGACUAUCGCGAUUGUGAUACACCGUUACAUCUGAUCGAGAAUGCUUUCGAUCAUAUACGGGAGGUGCACGAAAAAAUUGAUUAUGUUUAUCAGACCGGUGAUAUUGUAUCGCACAUAUAUUGGGCAACGACAAAGGAUGGUAAUAAGGAUGUACUGACGAGAAUUAAUCAAUUGUUUGCCGAAAAGUUCGCUGGCAUACCGGUAUAUCCGACUGUAGGCAAUCACGAACCGCAUCCUUCGAAUGUGUUUGGCGCUAGCGACCUACCGGCCGAAUUUAAUGUGAAAUGGCUAUAUGAGCACCUCUGGUCGCUUUGGUCUGGCUGGUUGCCGGCUGAUGCUGAAAAGACAGUGCUUAAAGGCGGUUAUUAUACCGCUUCGCCCAAAAAAGGUUUCCGUGUGAUAUCUAUAAACAGCAAUGAUUGCUAUCUCUAUAACUGGUGGGUAUAUCAUGACGGUAGCGUUGUGAUUGAACAACUGCAAUGGUUGCACGACACUUUGCUCGCUGCCGAGAAGGCAGGCGAAUAUGUGCAUAUAUUGAGCCACAUACCAUCCGGUGAUGCGGACUGUUGGACCGUGUGGGCGCGUGAAUUCAAUCGCAUUAUUGAACGCUACAAUCACAUCAUUGGUGGUAUCUUCACUGGACAUACGCACGUGGAUGAGCUGAAUGUGCAUUAUUCGUCGAAGGGUCAUGCAGUGGGUGUGUCCUGGAAUGGCGGCAGUUUGACAACUUACUCCAACAAGAAUCCAAACUAUGUGGUUUAUCAGGUCGAACCAAAGAGUCUUCAAGUCGUUGAUUAUGAAGCAUGGAUUUUCGACUUGGAGAAAGCAAAUGCGCAAGGCGCAGUUGCCAAACUCGAAUGGUUUAAGGAAUACAGCAUCUCUGAGUUCACUAGCAACCUUAGUCCAGCCGGUUUAGAUGCGCUAUUGGAUCAAUUUGCUGAAAAUCCUAAAUUGCUAGAAAAGUAUUGGCAAUACAAACACACCUCGGCUAACCCACGUUUAGAUGGUGGAUGUGAUAAGAAAUGCUUAUCUAAAACGCUCUGUCGCAUGGCAGUAACUGCUUAUGAUCAGAAGUCGCGCUGCAAGCAAUUGAAAGAGAAGUUGGAAACCAAUCUACCUGCGGUCACUACUGCAGCCCCAACAACGCCGGCACCAAAUACUGACAAACCAACAACUCAGGGUCCAAUUACCACAGAGGAACCCGAGGGCGAUGCAGCAGCUUCAAUUUCUUGUAUGCAGCUAACAACAAUGGUGGCGUUCCUGCUUCUUGCUCGGUUCCUCUACUAAAAUUAUUAUAUACUGUAUUGACUUUAAUUUUUUUUAUUAUAAUAUUUUUAUAUCAUUAAAUAUUUUGUAACAAGUAUUUUUUGCUGAAAUAUAUUUGCGUAGACACAGCUA